GAACGCUUUUCUUUGCAAGCUCCUUUGACUACGAUGACCUGGAUGACUGAGAACCUUCACAGACAUAUUUCCAAUGAAGACAUUUUGGGCAUUCUGUACUCUGUCCAGCAAACUGUUGAAGCAAGACAGCUGCCAUUUGCAAGUUCCUCAGAGGUCAAAGUGUCAAUAGAAAUUCUCAACUGGCUCUGGAAAGAGAAGAAGACAGUUCAGGAUGACAUCCCAGUGCCAGUUAUUGCUGAGGGAGGAAACUUUACUCUUAAACCACGAUCAACAGCUCUUUUCUGUGAUGUAAGCAAAAAUGGACUAAAAGAACUAAACUGCAGAGAAGAGGAAAUUUAUGUCAUACAUGAGGAAAUCCCAAAAGCAGCGGCUGAAUGGCUGGAAAUUCGUUUUCUCAGUACCCACAUCCUUGAUCCAGAGGAGAUAGGAAUAGAGCAGUGUGGACAGUCUGAACCAAUAACAAUGAGAAUAAAAAACAUUCUUAAAGAGUACGAUGAAGACAGUGACAUCUUCAAAGAGCUCAUCCAGAAUGCAGCGGAUGCUGGGGCAGAUGUUUGCAAGUUCUUGGUGGAUUUCAGAGUACACAGAGAUGCCCCUAAAAGCCUGAUUGACCCUGACAUGGCUCUUUGUCAGGGACCUUGUCUUUGGGCUUUCAAUAAUGAGCAGUUCACAGCAGAGGAUUGGAAAAAUAUUGUCAGAGUUGGCUCAGCCUCGAAGGAGAACCAAGUGGAAAAAAUUGGAACGUUUGGACUUGGAUUCAACACUGUGUAUCAUGUGACAGAUGUCCCCUCCAUCCUUAGUGGCAACACUCUUCUCAUACUUGAUCCAAAUGUUACUCAUCUCACAAAGCAUAUCAAAUAUAAGUCAAAUCCUGGAAUCAAGCUGGAUCUCUCUCAACGGCGACUCUUUCGUUGUUUUCCUGGUCAGUUUGGAUCAUAUGAAAACAUUUUUGACUGUACUUUUACCCGAAAAAGUCCUCCUGAUCCUUAUCCAGGCACUCUGAUCAAACUACCUUUCCGAAGUGAAGAAGAGGCUGUCAAAUCAGAAAUAAGCCCAAAAGUGUAUCAAAAACACAAUAUCUUGGAUUUUCAACAUCUCUUUUCUAAGAAUUCACAAACUCUUCUUCUUUUUUUGAAGAACAUCAUUACGUUAUCCCUCCAAAAUAUCCCACACAAUGGAUCGACUCCACCAAGAGAUACUGAAAUGGAGACCAUCUUCUUUGUGUCCAAAACCACUGUGAGUGCAAUGGAGAUUCCUGAUGACACCAGUGUGUCCAAGCAACGUCAUGCUGAGGAAUCACUGAUGAAAGUUGAUUGUAAAUGCAAAGAGGUGAUUGAUUGCUUUACAUUCAUCAUUGUGAAAAUAUCCAGUCAGCAGUCUAAUGAAACUGAAGUUCAGUUCUGGCUCCUGUACAACUGCUUUGGGACAGAUGAGUCUUUGAAAAUGGCCCUUCACAAAAACAAGCAAGCCAGUUUCUCUUUGCCCAUUGGAGGGAUUGCUGUGCCUUUGCAAAAUGAUCCAGAAACUGGAAAAUUCACCACAUUACAAUCAGAUCUUGUUGGACAGGCCUUUUGCUUCCUUCCUCUUCCCAUUCACACGGGUCUUCCUGUCAAUGUAAAUGGCACAUUUGCGGUGACAAGCAACCGAAAAUCUCUGUGGGAAACUGGAGUGAAAAAUGACUGGAACAAAGCUCUCCUUCAGGAUCCAGUAGUGACAGCAUAUGUUACUGUACUCAAGGCACUAAAGAAAAUGUCAGAAGAUAAGCAGCUGGUGAGUUACUGUUAUUACAACUUUUGGCCUGAUAGAGAGAAAGUGACUGAAACUUUCAAGCCUUUAGUGGAUGCACUUUACUCAACCAUUGUUGAUGACUCUGUUGGUCCAGAGCUCUUUAGUGAUGGAGAACAAUGGUUUUCAGUGAACGAUGUCAUAUUUCUACAUGAGAGCAUUGAAAACGAUGAGGAAAUUGGUAAUCUUGCAGUUCAAGUGUGCCAGAAAUAUGCAAAAGGACCCAAUCAUGUUGUUCCUCUUCCACUGUGGCUGAGAAAUAGUUUCAAACAGGCUGGCCUAGAAAAGGUUUUACAAAACAGGACCUGGAACUGGGAGAAGUUCUACCAAGAAGCAGUGUUCAGUAACCUAACUACAAUGGACUCGACGAGUAGAGAUAUCCUUGUGCUGCAUGCUAUUGAUGUUAAUGUUAAAGAAAUUGACAAUCUGCUGCUUUGCUAUCCAUGCAUACCCACAAAGGGUGGACAGCUCCAACAUGUCAGGAAACUUGUGAAUCCUACAGGGAAAGUGGCCUGUCUUUUUGAACCAAAAGAGGGACGCUUGCUUGGUGGAUCCGAAAAUUACUUCAGAUCUCCAAAAAGGAUUCAGCGUUUGUUGGAACUCGGUAUGGCAAAUGACCAUCUCCCAUUGGAAGAUAUCACAGAGAAAGCGGGCACAAUUAAUAAAACCUGGAGCAUUGACAAAAAGAAAGCAUUUGUCCACUUGAAGUGCCUAUUUGAACUGAUGAAGAAUCACAUUCAUGAUAACGACUCUCAGCACUGGAAAACACUGAGGACAACUGCAUUUCUUCCAGCAUAUUCACCUGGUGAUACAAAAAUGGAAGGAAAUGUAACACUUAAAAGGCCCACUGAUGUUUUUAUUGACAAAUGCUCUCUACUCGUUAACAUGACACAACCAGUGUUGGAUCAUACUAAUUUAAACAUACACAACACAGAUCCAGUUCUACAGAUUUUAGGAGUUCACAGCACUCCAAAAGUACAGAUGGUGCUUCAGCAGUUGCACCAAGUGAGCAAACAAGCCCACUCCACUGACAGUUCCAUGCUUUACAAAAUUGCAUUUGAGUGUUAUAAGUUUCUGGAUAAGUGGAUCUGUUAUUCUGGAAACACCACUUACAUUGGACACUGGGCAUAUUCAUUUCCAUUCAUCCUCAUUGGCGAUACAUUUGUGAAUGUUGACCGUGUAGCUGAGAACGGGCAAUUUGAAGCAAAACCUUAUCUCCAUGUACUUCCAGCUGCCUUCAUGAGCUUCAGGAAUCUUUGGAAAAGUAUAGGUGUUGCAAAGCAAUUCACGAUUGCUCAGCUUCUAACUGUGUUGCAGGAUUUACAUGCUCAACAUGGAAACAAGCCUCUGCCCAAGAGUGAUCUCUCAGUUUGCCUCACAAUUUUAAAUAAAGGGAUAUUUGAAGCCAAAUUGAAAAUCACGGAUGACUGUCUGAUACCCAAUGAGUGUGGAGUUUUGCAACCUGCAAGUGAGCUGUUUUACAAUGACAGCCCAUGGAUGCCACUCACUUCAGGUGUCACAUUGUGUCACGAGAAUAUCCCACGUGUGAUGGCUUGCCACCUUGGAAUCAAAACAACCAGGCAUCAUACUUUGGAAAAUCACACAUUUGAUGACCUUUCACCAUUAGCUUUUGACUUUGAACAGAAGGAAGAACUCACUGUUCGUAUUAAAAACAUAAUUUCAGCCUAUCCAUCAAAGAAGGAUAUCCUUAAAGAGCUCAUCCAAAAUGCUGAUGAUGCAGAAGCAACAGAAAUUCACUUCAUCUGGGACAAAAGACAACAUGGGAAAGUAAAAACAUUUGGGAAGAAAUGGAACAAUCUCCAGGGUCCAGCACUUUGUGUGUUCAACAACAAAGUGUUUUCUGAUGCUGACAUUAAGGGAAUUCAACAGCUGGGAGAGGGAGGAAAGCACAACACCCCAGGGAAGAUAGGGAAGUACGGAGUUGGAUUCAACUCUGUUUACCAUCUGACUGACUGUCCUUCGAUCCUUACAGGAGACGGAGUACUUUGCAUUUCUGACCCCAAUCAAAAAUACAUUGAAAAUCAUUCAAAUAACCAACGAUAUGGCAUUGGCUAUAAACUAACUGACACUUUCAAAGAAAUGUACGUAGAUGUCUACAAAUCCUUUCUUCCAGACAAAUUUUCUCUUAAAGACGGCACCAUGUUCAGAUUACCUCUGAGAAUGGGUACAAAUGCAAAUACCUCCAAAAUAUCACAGCAAGGAGUCACUGACCGUGACAUGAAAGAACUGUGCUCUGCCCUGUCUGAAGAUCCUGAAGGACUAAUUCUCUUUCUGAAAAACAUCUGCAAAAUCAAAGUCCAUGAAAUCAGUGAAGAUUCAGGAGGACUUAAAACCAUCUUUGAGGUUGAAAAAAAUCUGCCACAGAAAAGUCGGGAAGAAAAAGAUACUUUUGUCAAACAUUUACAAAAUGCACUGCAAUCAGACAAACCAACACCGCACAAGACUUUCUAUGAAACUGUGAUUUCCACCUCAGAUAAAAGACAAAGUAAGUGGAUUGUUGCAGAACAGUUUGGCUCCUUCAAAUACAAUUUUCUCUUGAAAAUAUCAGACAAACUUCCCCAAGCAUCAUUAGCUGCACGUGUGAACACAAAAGGAUCCAGCGUCAUGGAUUUUAAAGGAGAAGCCUUUUGUUCACUUCCUUUGCCAGGGAAAACUGGACUGCCAGUACAUGUCAAUGGAAACUUUGAGGUUGAUUCUGCCAGGAGAAGCCUUUGGAAAGAAGAUGGGAAGAGUAAGAAAUCCAACUGGAAUGAGAUUUUGAAACAGAACGUCAUUGCUCCGCUUUAUGCAGAUCUCCUGUAUUACAUCAGGCGCAGCAUUGCAGUCAAGAAAGUUUCCCUUGCAUUUAUUGACUCAUGUUUCAGUACAGAAUACUUGUGUUUUUGGCCAACUGUGUCUAAGGAUGUUUGCCCAGACUGGCAUGAAAUGAUACAUGAAGUAUACAGAUCAUUGAAAGAAAAAGGCCUUGAUGUAAUCCCUGUGAUGAAGAGCUAUACACCGAAAAUUGCAGAUAAAAAAAUUAAAGAAUACUCAUUUGACUGGUGUAAUGUCAGCGAAACAGACUCAACUGAGGCACCUUACUUGACAACCUUGGGAAAUUUCAAGCUGAAUAACAUUUUGGAAGAUCUUGGAAUGAAUCUGGUUCCUUAUUCCACAAACAUGCAGAGGAUUUGGACAAGUUUCAGAUCUGCUGGGGUUGAAGUGAAAGAGGUCAGUCCCUCCACUGUGCAGACUUUCCUACGAGCAAAAUCUCUAAAUGAUCCAACCCAAACAGAUGAGGAUUUGCCUUUACCCAUAAGUACCACUUUGAUCAAAGAUGAGAAAAGAUGUUCAGAGCUCUUGAGUUUUUGUUUAAAAGAUUUCUCCUCACAAAAGGUCACACAGAAUUUACUCAAUGGCCUUCCACUUCUUCUCACAAGAGAUAAAGUUUUAAGACUCUUCAACUCCCAAACACCCACGUGGAUAUCAAGGUAUGAAGAUCUCUUCUUUGACUGCCAGGCUCAAUUUGCAGAUUAUCAAAUCAACAUUUGGCACACUGACCUUCUUCAAAGAUUAAAACUUGUCAGAAAUAUGACUUUGCACCACUCAGAGAAAUAUCUGAAACCAUUAAUUCAGCACCUUCUUUAUGACUGUGACAUUGAUCCACACAGUGGUUUUCAUGUCCCCAAUGAGAAAAUAUUGAAGUGGCUAAAAUUACUUUGGAAGUUCAUAAUGAAUGAAAUUAAACCGCCAACAUCUAGAGAUGACGAGUCCAGUCUGACAUUAAAUUAUGUGAGGAAACUCUUCAGUGACUGCUGCAUUUUACCUGUUGUGUGUCCAAGGUUGAACAACAAGCACUUCCUGCAAACAAUGAAACACAUGUCAAGUGUUGUGUUUGCCUCACAGAAACACAAAGACAUAUCAGGCAUCCUCUUCAAACUUGGUUUUAUGAGUUUUGAUCAUGUUUUCUUCUCUAAAAUGGACCGAGAGGUACGUUCAUGUCUACAGCAUGAGCUUCUCGAUGUAGAUGAUCAAAACUCAGUGUUGGAUCAAGUGUACAACAUUAAUCACUCAGAGUUUUCCCACCUUUCAAAUAAAGAUAUGAAGGAGUUUCAGAUGUUCUUGCAAUCAGGAUUAUCCAAGUCCAAAGUCAACCAAGAGUAUGUGAGGAAGCUCAAAUCCUUACCAAUAUUUGAAACAACACAUGGUGAACGAGUGAGGAUUGAUGGACCUAAGAAGGUUUUCAUCCUCAAAAUCAAAUAUUCAGUCAUGUUUCCAGAUUUGUUUAACCUACCCCAAAACAGCAGCAUCUUUCUCAAACAGAACUCUGAGAACUACAUGCUGUCAGAAACACUCAACAUUCAGGUCCUGGAUGAUUUGGAGUAUUUCAUGAAGUUCAUUCUGCCUGCUGUACACCAACUCACAGAGACACAGAUUCUUCACAGCCUCAAACUGUUGCUGUCACUAGAUUAUUCGUUGAAGGAAAGAAAAAUUAUCAUCUCCUCACUGAAGACAGUGAAACUGAUUCGCAGUUCUCAAGGUAGACUGGAGCCUGCAUCAUACUACUUUGAUGAGAGUGUGGAGCUGUACAAACGAAUGUUGCCCCACGAGAGAUUUGUUCCUGAGAUAUUUUGGACUGAGCUUUGUGAAGGAGAUGACUACACAACAGAAAAAGCAAAAGAGCUGGUCAGAGAACUGGGAAUGAAGCAUGUUGUGUCAGCGGACGAGAUAAUAAAUUUUGCGUACCAGCUUGAAUCAGAAGCAAAAGUUAACAGAAGACUCAAAGACAUGAAACAGAAAUCAUCAUUACUUUUCAGGGAAGUCUUAAAUAAAGCAUGCAACAUCAAAACUAAAAAGCAAAGGUUGCUGGAAAGCAUUGCCGACAUCAAAUUCAUUUUUCCAGUGAUAAUUCGAAAAGAACUGUCCAACUACCACCAACCAUUUGCUGCUGAAGGAACUACUGUGAAAAUUAGAGGCUCUUUGAUUGACAAAAAUCCAGAGCAUCAAGAUUUGAUUUGGACCUCAAUGCCAAUUAUAGACCUGCCAAUUAUAGACCUACCAUUUAUGUCACAAAGUCUUCAGAAAAUGAUAAAAAAUGUUGGAGCUCAUGAAGAACCACCUCCAAACUGUGUAGCCAGUAACAUAAGAAACAUCUGUCAGUCACCAUGUGAAACUGACCAGCUGAUCAAAACACGAGCUAAAGUGUUCAGAAGUUCGUACGCUUACCUGCAAGCAAAAAGAUUUGAAGGAAACCAGCUGACUGGUCUUCCUGUUGUGUUGGUUGAAAAAGACACAAAACUUGUGACGGUUGAUGACGUGUGUCUGUCACUCUCCUAUGAUCUGGACUUCAGACCAUAUCUGUACAAGAUUACUCCAGAAGAUGCAAUGUAUGCACCGUUCUUUCAGAAAAUUGGUGUGAAGAACGAAGCUACUGCAGAGCAAUAUUGUAAUGUUUUGGCAGCAGUUUACGCUGAUUCCUGUGAUAAACAGAAACUACAUUUGAACCAGCUGAUAACUGUGAAACGAGCUGUUGAGCAGUUGUUUAAGUUAAUCAAAACUCACGGAAACCAGAAGCUUCUUGAAUAUGUGGAGACUCUUUAUCUUCCUGCAGUAGAUGGUAAAUUAUACCCAUCAUCCACACUCUGCUACAACGACACAGUGUUUGAGACCAAAAGGUUGGAAGAAGCGCUGGAGAACAAGUUCCUGCUGCUUGAGAAACUCAGUGAAUGUCAUUUGGGCAAUGACAAAUACAAGCAUCAUCAGCUGUUGCAACUGCUGCCUCAGAAGUUUCAGCCAAAGAUGCUGUCUGAGUUCACAGAGGAAAGAGUUGUGGAAUCAAAGAUGCGGCUUUGUGAACUUGGGACUGGCUGUGAAUUUAGUGGAUGGUUUGCUAAACAUCUCUCCUCAGGAGCCUUUAAAUAUGGAUUAAUUUGUCUUAUUAGAGAGCAGUUGCAAGGCAAAAUAACACAAGAAGAUGCUUCUAACAUAUGUGAGAAGAUUUUUGGCAGUAUACAAAUUAUCUGCUGCAAAACGUUGGAAACAACACUCUGGCUCGAUAAACAGCCACUUGCUAAAACUGAUGAAGAAACUGAUGUUUUUGUGAAACGAGAGCAACAAGGAUGCACCUUUUACUUAAAGCACAAUGAUGACAUGGCUCACAAAGUAAUAAAUGAAGUCAUUACAACAUUGACAAAAGAGAUUAAUGCUCUUUUAGGAAACAGAAUUGCAUCGGUUCAUCUUCCAGUGCUGGGACAACUCCUCAUGUGUGAUGAUCUGCAAGAUGUUCGAAAAACUCUGGCUAAAAAUCAGAUCCGUGACAGUGCUGAAACUGAAAGUUCCUCUUUUAGUCCAGCAGCCCCUGGGACAGAAGUUCCAGGAGAAUGGCAUGAUUGUUUGGACAUGAAUGUCCUCAACAACUUUGAAGAGGGGGAAUAUGUUGGCUACAGCAUUGAUGACAAGUAUAUUUAUGCAGUUAUUGUUGAAGAACUGCCUGGUCACAAUGGACGAUAUUCAUGGAGAUACAAAGUAGAUAUUGGAGAAGAUGAGCCCAUUGAAGUCAGCUGUGUUCAUCUGUUUCAGUUUAAACGAGAAAAGAAGGUAAAAACAGAAGAAAACACUUGCAUGGAGCUGGAACCACUGACAGGAGCUGUGCCACAUUCUUCUGAAUCAUCAACAAAUUCUUUACCAGCCUCUGUUGAGGAAGCUAAAAGGGAAAUUGAUAAAUGUUUGGCAGAGAUCUGGAGGCUUCCUGAGGAGGAGAGGCACAAAGCCAUUAAGAGACUGUACCUCAGGUGGCACGCUGACAAAAAUCCGGAUUGCCAGUCUCUCGCCAAUGAGGCAUUCAAAUAUUUACAGAAUCAAAUUGAUGAGCUCAGCAAACCCAAAGCUGCAGGCUCGACCUUUUCAAGCAGAAAUACAAAUUUCAGAGGCUUCUAUGAAGAGUGGAAUCAGGAGGCCAGGUAUCACAGAAAUAGUCGAGAGAGGUUCUCUAGAGGCUAUAGAGGUUUCCAUUCCUACAACUUCUGGACCCACAAUGAAAAUGUCCCAAGGCCAGACAGAGAAGAGGCCAGACGUUGGUGUAGACAGGCUCGCUGUGAUCUCAAUGCAGCUCACAAAGACACUGGUGGAGGGAGCACAGAGUGGUGUCUGUUUAAGGUCCAUCAAGCAGUGGAAAAGUCUCUCAUAGCAGCAUGCUAUAAAAGAAAUGGACAACGCCCCAACAGCAGCUCAAUUUCAGCCACUGCUGCACAAGUUUCCUGCUACAGCCUCCAACUGAGAGAUCUGCCUGAGAUUGUGAAAAACCUGCAGACACUCGGAGUGGAUCCCAAAAAGACUCAAUAUCCCAACUGCCAUCCAUAUCCUCACAUACCGAACGGACGAUUCAGAUCAGAGAAUGAAAUGCUGGCACUGAACAAGGCAUCAGAGCUCCUUAAUAAAAUAGAAGCAUAUGUGAAUUAAGGAUUUAAAACAAGGUAUUGGUCAGUGUAACUGUUUUUCUACAUGUUAAAAGUAAUGUAAUGUAAAGUGUAAAACUGAAAUAUUAUUUAACAUCACAAAGAAAAAAGAAAACUUUUUUAUUUUACUUAUUUGUCUCACUUCUCAUACUCAGUACUUAUUAUUAUGUUAUGGUGUGCAUGUAUAUGUAAACACACUGAAGAAAAUUGUAAGUACUAAAUUACUUUAUUUUGGAUUCUUGUCAUUUAAAGCUGCUUAUUGGUGAUAUCGAUAUAUUCUGUGUUAUGAAAAUGAAAACAUCAGAUGUUCUUUGUAAGUCUUGUUGACACUGUUGACUACUCUCUGAGAUCAAAUCAGUCACUCAGUGAAUUUCUUACUGUUUGUUAAAAACCUGCCUUGGAUCAAUAUACUCACUGUAUGCUUGUAAUGUAAAUGCAAAUAUGCAGUUUUGGUGUUUUAAAGUUAUGACUAUUUGCUGAGAGACAGUAUAACUACUGCAUACUGAUUUUUACUUGUAUCCAGUUUUGUCUUCUGAAAAACUUAAAAUCUUUAAACUUAAAUCCACAUUGCAAUUGGGGAAUUUUUGUUUUGUUUUCCUUUUUUUUAAAUAUUUGCUAGCAGAAAGAUCUGAAGAGGACCUUAAAUGAUGUCUUUAAUCAUUUCUCCUCCCAUGUAAUCGGGACUUUUUUGUCUGAUUAGUUAAACAGACCAAAUUCUCCCUCUUUAAGUGUUUCCAAGUCUGGUCAUGUCUCUGGACAUGCAUGUGGAUGGUUAGAAACAAUAUUUACCCUUAAAUGUCAAUGUGAUAUAAAAAAUGCAUCUAGAGAGUCACGGACCAAAGAUCUGAUCAAUAACAGACAAGCCACUCACUGUGGAAAACCUUAGCCAUAUUUAUUUUAUCCAACACUGUAACAGUAUGAUAAAAUAAGGAAAAGCCUAAUAGGUUCCUUUAUGUAUUGGACAGAUCUGUUAGAAACAGUAACAAGUGCUUCACUGUUUAACAUCACUCCUAAAACCUGGUUUACUUUUUAUGAACAACUGAUCAGACGUUCAGUAACCAAUGAAGAGAAAGGCUUCAAGUUAAAAGAACUUUUUUUAUUCAUUAUGAAAUCAUGUUAUGAAAAUAAUGACAACUAACCAUAUAUCAGACAAAUGCAUCUUUCCAUAUGUUAACAACGUUUUGCUGUAAAGGCUGUGACAUCUCCGCAGUCACCAGAGCAUAACUGUGUUCUGUUUGUGCUUGGCGUGUGCUUCACCUCAUCCUGCUGUUGUUUCAUACCAUAAAAAUGUCUACAAGGCU